GAAGGAUAAAAAAGAAAAAAAAAAGUCGUUAUCAACGUGUGUGGAGAGCAGAUUUAUCCCUGAUUGUUCUAUCGCUUGCAUUCUGUUCUUUUUUUUUCAUAAUAAUGACAUUAUUGCUAUUUUUCUUUUUCAAUGGCGAGGCGAUGCAUCUCAAACAAGAACGAUGGGGCAAGGGGUGAGGGAUGAGGGACUGAUUGAUUGGGCCCAGCUCACUGAGCUCAUGGAAAAAGCGAUGGACCCCCGAUACGGGUCCACAACCGGUUUGGCGGAAUAAAAUAAAAACUUGCAACCUCAGCAUCCCCGAGUAUCAUACAGGUACUAUACUCGUACUCGAGUACCCGAGUACCAGUAUGUGACAUUCCACACUUUUAGCUCACAUGACCCAGGGCGAGUCUCUCGUGCCCCCAAUCCCCCGCCAUCAACUUUCUUCAUCCCACUUCAACACCCUCUCACAAUCACGAACAUUUCUCCCUAACACCACCACCGUCAUCUUUUCCGCGGUUCUCGCUCUACUACAAAUUCCUCGCUUUUCCCGCCUACAAGCGCCCUUUACUUCUCUCUCUACCGGUUCCCCCUAGCACCAACUGCAAUCAUGUGUGGUAUAUUCGCUUGCCACAAGCAUCCCGAUGUUCACAAAUUCAAGCCUCAAGCUUUGCAAUUGGCUAAGGCCGUUCGCCAUCGCGGUCCGGAUUGGAGCGGGAACAUUAUUUCCAACAACACGAUCCUUACUCAUGAGCGGUUGAGUAUUGUCGGAAUCGACAGUGGGGCUCAGCCAUUGGUCAGCGAUGAUGGUACUAUAUUUUUGGCAGUCAACGGUGAAAUUUACAACCACAGAAUCUUGCGCAAGCAACUCAAGCCUGAAGUGACAUUCAGGACACAUUCCGACUGUGAGGUUAUCUUGCACUUGUACCCUAACCAUGGAAUAAACACCCCCAAGCUUCUCGACGGAAUGUUCUCUUUUGUCCUCUAUGACUCAAAGAACGAUCGCACCAUCGCAGCUCGUGAUCCCAUUGGAAUUACCAGUUUCUACCAGGGCUGGUCCUCCAAGACUCCCGGCGCCGUUUACUUCGCCUCGGAACUCAAAUGCCUCCACCCAGUUUGCGACAAAAUUGUCUCGUUCCCUCCCGGUCACAUUUAUGACUCCCUCACGAAGAAGACGACCAGAUAUUUCGAGCCUUCAUGGUGGGACCCCAAAAUGGUUCCAUUCCACCCAGUGGAUUACAAACUUAUCAGGACCACACUUGAGAAGUCCGUUAGAAAACGUUUGAUGGCCGAGGUCCCUUACGGUGUUCUUCUCUCUGGUGGCCUCGAUUCCAGUCUUAUCGCCUCCAUCGCUGCGCACGAUUCUACCGUUACAGCCCUGCCGGAAUUGCAUUCCUUCUCCAUUGGUCUUUCUGGUUCCCCUGAUACCAUUGCGGCGAAGAGAGUCGCGAAGUUCCUUGGAACUGUCCACCAUGAGUUCAACUUUACCCUACAGGAGGGUCUUGAUGCUCUUAGAGAUGUCAUUUACCACCUUGAGAGUUAUGAUGUGACCACUAUUCGCGCUUCAACACCUAUGUAUCUGUUGAGCAGGAAGAUCAAAGCCUUGGGUGUGAAGAUGGUUCUUAGUGGUGAAGGUUCUGACGAGAUUUUCGGUGGUUAUCUGUAUUUCGUCAAUGCCCCUAGCAAAGACGGGUUCCAUGCCGAGAAUAUCAGGAGAGUCAAGAACCUUCAUCUCUCUGAUUGCCUCCGUGCGAACAAGUCUACUGCCGCCUGGGGGGUUGAGGCUCGUGUUCCCUUCUUGGAUAAGCAGUUCCUUGAGGUUUCUCUCAAUGUGGAUCCCGCCGAGAAGCUUAUCACUAAGGAGCGCAUUGAGAAGUUCAUCCUGAGAAAGGCGUUCGAUACUAGCGACGACCCAGAUGCUAAGCCUUACCUUCCCGACGAUAUUCUCUGGCGUCAGAAGGAGCAAUUCAGCGAUGGUGUUGGCUACGGAUGGAUUGAUAUACUCAAGGACACCGCCGAAAAGAUGGUCUCGGACGAGCAAAUGAAGAGUCCCAAGCCCGAAUGGGGAGCCGACGUCCCUGAUAGCAAGGAGGGGUACUGGUACAGAUGCAUGUUUGAUGAGCAGUUCCCUGCCCAAUGUGCCCCAACCGUCAUGCGUUGGACCCCAAUGUGGACCAAAGUCACUGAUCCCAGUGGAAGAGCCAUCUCUAUCCACGUUGCGAAAUACGACCAAUAGUCAUGAAAGGGAUCUCGUGGGUUUUAGCUUUUCGGCCUUGCUUUUCAGUCCUCUUUUUCUCCGUUUCUUUUCUGCUAGGGGUACUGUCUUAGUUGUCUUCAAAGAUCUAAAAAGUUUUCUGUGUAUGCUCUGCACAUGUGACAAAUCGUUUACGACACUCGCGCCUCGAUAAAUUUUAUCGACUUUCUGCUAUUUUUAUCUUAUUUUUUUGGUGGGAGGGGGUAAAUGUCACUGCGGUGCAUACCGAAAUAUAUAUGGGGGAAUGAGGAUAGAAAACUGAAUGCGUGAUUUUUGUUCGAGCGGACACAGGGCAAUAUAUACUAUGGGAAUUUACUAGUCACUGCCGAUGA